AUGGCUGGAGCAGCUUUAAUGGUUGUGGUACUGCGAUGUGGAAAGCAAAUGGAAAAACUACCACAUUACUUUUUUCCAGGACAGCUUCUGCCCAACAGGAGCAGUCACAAUAUGCAUGAUGCUUUCUCCAGAGACAAAACAAUCCGGAGUGAAGUUCGAUGGAGGGAUCAAGGUGAUUUCGAGUCUGGAAGCUAUCAUAUGUACUACUCGGGAGGUGAGAGUGCUGAAAGAGGUGUUACAAUAGUGAUACAGAAAUGGAUCAAGAAAAGAAUAAUCAAAGUGCAAGCGUGUAGUGACAGAUUGAUGUAUAUGAAGUUGAAUGCAGAACCAGUGGAUAUUCUGAUAAUGCAAGUGUAUAUGCCAACAUCGGAUCAUGACGAUGAAGAAGUGGAAAUAAUAUAUGAGAAGAUAGAAGAAAUCAUCAGGACAGAAGGAAGAGGGAAAGUGCAAACCAUAAUAAUGGGAGACUGGAACAGUGUCAUGGGGAAAGGAGCAGAAAACAACAUUGUCGGCCCACAUGGACUGGGAAUAAGGAAUAGGAGAGGGAACAUGAUGGUCGACUUCUGCCGAAGAAAUGGAUUGGUAAUCACCAACACCUGGUUCAAGAAGCAUCACAGGAUAUUGUAUACGUGGAAAAGUCCAGGAGACAGGAGCAGAUACCAGAUAGACUAUGUUAGUUGCAAAGGUCAGAGUGAAGCAUCACAGGAGAUUGUAUACGUGGAAAAGCCCAGGAGACAGGAGCAGAUACCACAUAGACUAUAUCUUAGUGAAGCAACGAUUUAG